AUGUCUUACUUUCAUCAAGCAUCUACAUGUAAACGUCGGUACAGAAACUAUUCCACUCGAAGUAUCUCAAUUGAUAGAAGAAAACCAAUAUUUGUAUCAACACGCAUUGAUCUAGUAAAUGAACAUUUGAACGAAUAUCAACGAGAUCCGAUAGGAUCCGUCGGCGGAUUAGUCGACCUGGGCACUAUGUUAACGGAAAUAAAACAACAGCAAAGUGAUUCAAAUGAAACUAUGAAUAAACUUUAUGAACUACAAAUCGAUAUGAACAAGAACACAAAUAAAGUUUAUGAAGAACAAAUCAAUAUGAAUAAGAAUCAAAAUAAAUUUCUUGAACAAUAA